AUGUCCUUCGACAGCUCGCGAACAUCCGACAUGUCCGAUGACUCCCUCAGUGCUGCUGCACCCGAUGGAGCUAUCGGAUUGUCUGAUGCUCAGUAUUCUUCUGCCCGCCGUAAAAUGCUUGAUCUGAUUAACAGGCUUCAUGCUACCGGCGUUCAAGCGGACAUGGAUUUACCCUUGAUCUCCGUCAUCGGCUCGCAGAGUGCGGGAAAGUCUUCGCUCAUCGAGUCUAUAUCGGGGAUCAAAUUACCUCGUGCUAGCGGCACUUGUACGCGAUGCCCGACCGAGUGUCGGCUGUCGUCCUCCGACAAUCCCUGGCAGUGCAUUGUGUCCCUGCGCUUCAUCACUGACGAUCGCGGUCAAGCCCUCGGGCAGGCUCGCAACGAGCAGUUUGGCGACGUCAUCAAGGACAAGUCUCGCGUAGAAGAGCGCAUUCGUCGCGCCCAGCGCGCCAUCUUGAACCCCAGCACACCGUCCAGGCAGUUCCUCGAGGGACCAGACGAAGAUUUCGCAGCUCGAGAGGUUAUGUUCUCUAGCAACUGUAUUUCUUUGCAAAUCAGCGGAAGCGAAGUCGCGGAUCUGUCGUUCUGUGAUCUUCCUGGCAUGAUCGCUUCCGGUCCAGACAAGGAGAUCAUCGAGAAUUUAGUUAUCUCGUAUAUCGAGCGGCCGAGUUGCAUAAUCUUGGUCACUGUCAACUGUGAAUACGACUGGGAGAACCAGAGAGGCUUCGACUUGGCCCAGGAGUAUGAUCCCGAUGGGAAGCGAACGAUUGGGGUCCUGACCAAGCCAGAUCGUAUCUCCGCUGGCGAUCAGGAGAACUGGCUUCGCUUCAUCCGCAAUGAUUACAAGCCCCUAGAGAAUGGCUGGUUCAGCGUCAAGCAGCCGGACACAAUUGCGCUUCAAGAAGGCAUCACUUGGGAAGAGGCACGUGCUAAGGAACGCGAAUACUUCUCUUUCACGCCUCCGUGGUCCACCCUCGAAUAUAGUUAUCAGCAGCAAUUGGGCACAGCAAAUCUCACCGAGCGGCUGAGCAGCCUCCUGUCAGCUCUUAUUGCGAAAAGGCUCCCCGAGCUCCAGGAUGAGCUGCAAAAACUCAUUCAGAAGACGGAAGAAGGUAUACGCCAGCUUCCAAAGGCGCCGUCUCAAGAUGCUCUCACCGAGAUCAUCCAUCUUCUGGCCGACUUCUCGCAAGAUCUCGCCAUUUGCUUGGAGGGUACACCGAACGAGGAUGGCCUUUUACAGCGGAUUCGUCCCCAUGAGGCUGCAUUUAAGCGGUCUAUUCGCUCAACCGCGCCUGAUUUCAAGGCCAUUUCUGCCGCUGACUUAUUAGAUCCUACCGCGAGCUUUCACGAAGUGGGAGAGGAGAGCUCUGGGACCCUUGAAUUUCUCGCUAAUGAGGAAGGCAGGGAAACAAUGGGCCUCAGUGAUCGGUGUUCGAUCUACAUCGACGAGGUCAUGAAACGAGCCAACCAAGCCAUAACAAGGGAAUUACCGGAUCACCACCCGUUCAUCGUCGCCAACGAGUAUAUCACUUCUAUUAUCUGCAAGUGGCAGCUCCCUGCAGAAAAGCUGCAUGAAGCAGUGUACCAGUGUCUCCUACAGCGCGUAAAGGCUUUGACGCAGAAGCACUUCGGGAAGUUCUCUCAGGGCGGUCUGCAUUCUCGCGUCACCGUCCUCGUAGUUGACUACAUGAAGAAAUGCGGGGAGGAGACGCGGGACAGUAUCUCAUGGCUGCUCAACCUCGAGAAACGGCCUCGCACGCUGAACGACCAUUACUAUACCGAGUACCGUGAUAAGUUUCUCGCGCAUUACAAGGGCUGCAGGCGUGCCAACACACAUGGCUCACUCAUAUCCAACCUCGCGGCAUACGACUCUGGUAAACCCCCCAGUAGCUACUCAAGCUCGAGGAGGCCGGUCAUACCCAACUUUGCGGAGAGCACGAAGGGAGCUCUGUCCCGUCUGCAGGAGAUCAAUAUCUCGUGUAAGGCAGCAGACCUCCCCAAAUUGCUUCCCUCAGACCCGUAUGAGCCCGCGCUGCAUAUCAUGGCCACCGUGCGUGCAUACUUUCAAGUCGCGUACAAGCGCUUCGUCGACAACAUCUCGAACGCCAUCGACCAAGAGCUCGUGCUCAGCCUCGCGCGCGAUCGCGGACUCGAGGGUGCGCUGCUGCAGGGACUCGGCAUCACCAGCGCGGAUGGCCACGCGCGGUGCAAGGAGUUUUUGCAGGAGCACCCGCAGGUCGUCACACGGCGCGAAGAGCUGCAGAAGCGGUGGGAGCGACUCGACUCGGCGAAGAGAGAACUAAUGGAAAUGUGGAUGUAA